AUGGAGCCUGGUGUCCCUGGGGGGGUUCCUCUGCUGCUCCCAUUUGCCAGCACCCCAUCAGCUCCGCACCCGGCCUCCCUGCCCGCAGGUAAGGGCGGCCCCGGGGCCCGCGGGGGGCCGCCGCCCGCCCCGCACCGGCACCUCCGGGAUGGGGGGGGGGCGGCUGGCCCCGGGACGGGCGUCGGGAUCGGGAUCGGGAUCGGUGUCGGGGGGUCGGGCUCCCCCCCACCCCCGUUCGGGGCUGCCGCGGGGGCGGCUUUGUCCGGGGCUCGUCCCGGGGAACCGGGGCCGGGGCGCGCACACGCGUGUCCGCGCGUGCGGGUGUGCCCGUCGCCAUGUGCUGGGCGUGGGUGCCUGCGCCACAUCCCCCAGCCCCUGCGCCACAUCCCCCAGCCCCGGCAGCCGCAGCAGCGCCUGGAUCCCACUCCUGGCCCAGCCGUGCUGGGGGGCAAGGCUGGCUUUUACGGUAGGCAGCCGACCCUUCCCGUGGGACCCGCGGCGGGACUAGCAUGGGAGAAGCCCUCCCUGGGCAUGGGCAGCGCUAAGGAGCCCGAGGGGCUGCAGCUGCUGAGCCGUCAGGCUGGGGCUGAGGACGCCUGCGAGCCCGGCGCCAGCUCCCCUGGCUGCCCGCCGGUGGGCGAGUGCCAGUCCGGCUCCGGCUGUGCCAUGAGGACCUGCUGCAUGGCUGAGCCAGAGGCCCAGGGCACCACGGCCGGCUCAGCCGCAGAGAAGAAGGUGCCGUCGCCAACGGGACCGGCUCCCGGCACAGACACCGGCAAAGAGCCAAGCAUGGCGGCAGCGACGGGGAGCUGCGGGGGACCAAGUGGCGCUGCCCCUGCCUGUGGCCCGGCGGAGAUGGGGGUCCCUGGCACCCAGAAGGAGAACACAGCCCCCAUGCCCCCCCUGCCUGAGCCCUGCCUCAAGGCACCCGGCAAGGACGUGGGGAGCGCGCCGGCUCCUGCCAAACACGUGGCGUUUGUGGAGCCCACUGCAAGCACCGGAGGAGCAGCUGAGCUUCCAAGCCAGGAGCAACCCCAGCAGAGGGGCAGCGAGGCAGCCAAGCACCCCCAGGGGGGCACGGCGGAGCCCCCCAGCACCGGCACUGCAGGGAGCAGGGCCAAAAGUGAGGCAGGGCCGAGCUCCGCCACCCUGGGCCAGGGCAGAGCCGAGGGGAGCCCAGCUCAGGGUGCGGAUGCUGGGAGCAGCCAGCAGCCUCGGACAGCCAAGCUGCUCUGCGAGUCCUACUCCUUCGAGGUGACCCCACCGCAGGAUGCUGGGACACAGGACAUGGGGACGCAAGUGGACAGCCGAGCGUCCCUGGUGUCGGUGGCCUUGAGCCCCAUGAGCCCCCCCGGUGGGGCUGCUGCCUUCACCUUCCCCAAGAGAGAGGUGGGCUCUGCUGCCCCCCUACGCCCGGAGCCCUCCAAGAAGGACGCGGAGAUGCAGGUGUCCAUGCCUGUGGAGACCCGCUCGGUGGCCACUGGGCCCAUGACGCCGGUGACCAAGUCCCCACAGGCCUCGUACCCCGAGGUGCACGUGAAGGGGACAGUGGUGGAGGAGACUCCGGAGCCCAUCCGGGAGGUGAGCUGGGACGAAAAGGGGAUGACGUGGGAGGUGUAUGGGGCCUCCAUGGAGGUGGAAGUGCUGGGCAUGGCCAUCCAGAAGCACCUGGAGAAGCAGAUCGAGGAGCACGGGCGGCAGGUGGUGAUGACCCCCCAGAGCACCCGCGCUGGCUCCAUCAAGGGAGCCCCCCGCAAAGGCGAGGCCAAGAGGCAGCCCAGCGUCUUUCGGGCUCUGCUGCAGAACGUCCGGCGGCCACGGUGCUGCUCCCGUGCCGGCCCCGCCAUGGAGUGAGCCACUGCCCACGCCGGUGGGGUGGGGAUGCCACGGGGCUUCUCCGGGGAAGCAGGGUUGGGGUCCCGAGAUGCCCGCUGCCAGUGUGUGGGGCUCCUGGGGCCAGGACAGGCAGUGAUGGAGCACUGCACGCUGGGGCAAGGCAUCUCCUUCGCUGGGGGUCCCCCCACCAGCCUGGCCCCACGGAGGUGCCCUGGUACGUGAGGCUGGUCUCUGUGCUUGGUGGCUUUUUUCAGCACGAGGAAGCACGUGGCUCCUUCCAGCCAGAGGUGGCUGCUCCCGGGCAUCUCCUGUUCGUGGCACAGGGCUGGAGAUGGUGGGCACGGGAGGGUGGGCACGGGCAGGUCGCUGCUGGCUCCCCCAAGCCUUGGCCUGGCUCACACCCCAUGCAGCAAUGUCUCUCCCCAGUGCUGGAGAGAUGCUGGUGCAUCACUGUGCCACCACUUCGCUGGCCCAGGGCUCGGCCACGCUCUGACCAGCCCAUGGCCAUGUACUUGCGUGUCCCCGUGGCUGCCCGGGGCAGGAGUGAUCAGCCCAGCCUGCCACAGCCCUGUCCUCUCCGCCCCACCGCUGUGCUGUGGGCAACCUGGAGCUGGGAGGACACGGCCACACGGGGCACCGGAACAUAUCCCAAAUGGGAGAGACUGAGUCCGACCACUCCUGUGGUGGAGAGCUGCUUGUCCCCGUCACUGUGGCUGGAGGCGCGUGGGGAGUCUGUCCCCAUGGCCCCCAGCUCCCCCUACCCCGGGACCUGCCUGGGAGCGGCCAUCAGAGACCAGGACACGUCCUCACCACGGCUGGCGGUGGGGAUGAAGCCUGCCCUGCUGCCGGGCCGUCCAGCUGGAGAGGACCCACGUGCUGGAGACGUGGGCGCUGGUCCCCGUGCGUGUCCCUCCGGCCCCGCCGGCUGCUCUCCUCCCACGGCAGCCGUCCCUGCGCCUGCUGCAAAGCGCUGCCUCUUUUUACAGCUGGGGUUUUACAGGGUGGGGGGGGAGGGGGGCUUUUAUUGAACCGUGUUUGCAUUUUUGGAGCUUUUUAAGAGACACUUUCAGCCGUGCGCGUCUUGCCUGGUGCCACCUCUUCCCCAGUGACCUGUGGGGCCGUCACCCCCUUUUCAAACACUUUUCCUACGUUGCCUGUGCCCCGCCGGGCUGGAGAGCAUCGGGAGCACAGGGUUGGUGUGAGGGGGCAGUGACCAUCCCCCCGUGACCGGGUGAGCAUCCCCGUGGCCGGCAGCACCGUGGUGUCCCACCGAGCUGCAGGACCUGACCCAGCGUGGAGCACCAGCCCCACAGUGCCACAGCAAGGGGGGGGCACAGACCUGUGCCCAGCACCUGGUGCAAAUGGCAGGGGUACUUGGGGAGCUGCACCAUCCCCUCUGGGCUCGAUGUGCUGGGGGACACCAGUGCAGCCCCUUCCCCUCUUUAAGGGGCAAGUCUUGCCUCCCUCCAUCUCCAUUGUACAUCCUGGGCUUGUUGUGGCCCUGUGGGGGGCUGUGUCUCGUACUUGGGGGGUGUCUUUGUGAAGGGCUCGCUGAAGCACCAGCUGGCAACUGUGGCCAGUGCCCGCUCUGUGUCGUGGCACUUGCCAGGACCCAGCUCUGCCCAGUGCCUUGGGCUGCGGGAGCAGUGCCACAACCCCGUGGGGGAUGACCAGGAGCCCUGGGGCACCCACCCCCCUGCCCUGGGCUGCGGCACACCAGCGCUGUGGCUUCAUCACCUACUUUCUUCUUUUUUU